CUCCUUCACCUAAUUCAUCAGCAUUGUGUCUUCCAUUUCCAUCUCAAUGGGUUCCUUCCCGCUAAACGAUUUAUUUCUUCCUCGUGAUGCCUUGUUCCUUGGAUUCGAUAGCUCUACUCAGUCCUUGAAGGCAACCGUGUUGGAUUCCAAUCUCAACAUUGUUACUUCGCAGCAAGUUCAUUUUCACUCUGAAUUGCCUCAUUACAAGACACAGGAUGGAGUUUAUAGAGACCCCUCCAUUAAUGGCAGAAUUGUCUCCCCCACCUUGAUGUGGGUUGAGGCUUUAGAUCUUGUUCUUCAAAAACUCUCCAACUCCAAUCUUGAUUUCGGAAAAAUUGCUGCUGUUUCUGGAAGUGCACAGCAACAUGGCAGUGUCUACUGGAAGAAUGGAGCCUCUGCAAUGUUAUCAUCGUUGGACUCUAGGAAGCCAUUAGUUGAUCAGCUUAGGGAUGCUUUUUCAACCAAGGAAUCACCCGUUUGGAUGGACAGCAGCACCACAGCACAGUGUAGAGAAAUAGAGAAAGCAGUUGGAGGAGCAUUGGAGUUGUCUAAACUUACCGGAUCUCGUGGUUAUGAGAGAUUCACAGGCCCGCAAAUUAGGAGGAUGUUUGAGACGCAGCCAGAUGUUUAUAAGAAUACCGAGAGAAUCUCUAUUGUUAGCUCUUUCAUGGCAUCUCUUUUGAUUGGGGCAUAUGCGUCUAUUGAUGAAACUGAUGGUGCAGGGAUGAACUUGAUGGAUAUAAAGCAAAGAAUCUGGUCUAAGAUUGUUUUGGAGGCUACUGCACCAGGUUUGGAAGAAAAGCUUGGAAAACUUGCUCCAUCCCAUGCUGUUGCUGGUCAUAUCUGUUCCUAUUUUGUAGAGAGGUACAAUUUCAAUAAAGAUUGUUUGGUCAUUCAAUGGUCCGGAGACAAUCCUAAUAGUUUAGCAGGUUUAACCCUCAGCAGACCUGGAGACCUGGUAAUCAGCCUAGGCACCAGUGAUGUUGUGUUCGGCGUCACUAAAGAUCCACAACCUAGAUUAGAAGGUCAUGUCCUCCCUAAUCCUGUUGAUCCAGAAAGCCACAUGGUAAUGUUGGGCCACAAGAAUGGGUCUCUGAUGCGUGAAGAUGUUCGUAACCGAUGUGCUGAGAAGUCCUGGGAUGUUUUCAAUCAAUUUCUGCAGCAAUCACCUCCACUAAAUGGUGGGAAGUUGGGUUUCUACUACAAGGAGCAUGAAAUCCAUCCUCCCCUUCCUGUUGGCUUUCAUAGGUACAUUCUUGAUAAUUUCACUGGUGAAAGUGAAACACUAGAGGGGUUGAAUGAAUUUGAAGUGCAAGAGUUCGAUCCUCCCUCUGAGAUCCGGGCUUUGAUUGAGGGCCAAUUUCUCACAAUGCGUGCUUACUCAGAGAAAUUUGGUAUGCCUUCUCCAAAAGGAAUCAUAGCUACUGGUGGGGCAUCGGCUAAUCAAAACAUUCUGCACUCAAUUGCAUCCAUUUUUGGCUGCAACGUUUUUACAGUCCAACAGUCAGACUCAGCUUCUCUAGGAGCAGCAGUGAGGGCAGCACAUGGUUGGCUGUGCAACAAGAACCGCAGUUUUGUGCCCAUUACAUGUAUGUACGGAAGUUUGGAGAAGACAUCCCUCAGCUGUAAGCUGGCGGUGACUCCUGGAGACCAGCAACUUGUUAACAAGUAUUCCUUGAUGAUGAAGAAGAGAAUGGAAAUUGAGAGUCGUCUCGUGCAGAAGUUAGGCCGCUGCUAGCUAAAAAUUAGAGUUCCUAGUUGUCUCAAUAAUAUAUAAAUCAAAUAGUGUGAUUAUCUAGUCUUUCUCUUAAGAAAAUCACUCCUUUCCUCGCUAUCAUUUCCCCUUUUUUUUUUUUUUAUUUGCUUGGUAUCAUGUAAAUUUUUCAAGAAAGCAGUCUGUGCUUA